AUGUCCGGUGACUACAGGGAUGCGGCAGCGACGAGUGCGGAGGAUAGCGCACUUACAAAAAAUGCAGAUAUAACCCCCGCUGCACCAAAGACCAGUAGCUCGAACAACUACGGUGCGAAUCAUAAAGCGUCGAAACCUCCUGAUCCAGACCACCAUCAACCACAGCAGCCGCUCCAAAAGGAUCUGGACCUGGAUUCGAAUCCCUCCCUGACGAGCCGCGAAUCCAAGCGCACCGUCAAUUCCAGCCUUUCGUUUCUGAAUGCGCCGAGCCUCGAGGAAAUGAAGCGCAAAUACGCGGAAAUGAAGAAGCGGCUGAAGCAGUCCGAGGAAAAAGCCGAGAAAUUGGAUCUGGAAAGGAAAAAUUUGAUCAAGAAUCUCGGGCAGAAGGAAAGCUUAGGAAGUGACGCCGACGGGGAAGGUGGUGCAGCUGGUGCGGGGAUGAUGAUCGGGAAAACGAAGUCCACCAUGUCUUCGGUAUCCUUUGCGACAAAGAUGAGGUCGGAGUUAGACUUAGACGGUUCAUCGGGAUUUCCGUCCGGGUUUUUCGACCCGAGCGACCAGGAAGGCAGGGAGUCGUAUUUCAACAGCAACGCGAAAAUACGUAGACUAGAGAAGCAGCGGCGGUUUCUCGUUAUGCUCUUCGCGUUUGCAAUGAUGCUGGGGUUGGCGCCACUCAGCUUUUUUCUCUUGCAGAAUCGAUUGAAGCCGUGA